AUGAGAAUCAUUAGGUGCAUCGCAAAAACCGUGAUUCUUUUCCUAGUUUUGUUAUCUACUUUACGUUACUCUUGUGAUAAUGGCUAUAUUACAAAACAAUUGGAUUGUUUAUGUCAUUACUCUCGAAUUGGUGUAUUAGAUCAAAUUUUAACUAAUAAAUAUCCCGUUGGAUACAAGUUAACGAUACGUGAUCCAUUAGAACCAAAAAUCAAUUGGGUAUAUGAUCAUAUUACUAGCGGUUGUUCUUAUUUGAGUGAAAAAGUUAAUGAGAAUGAAUCAUUAAGAAAUUUGGUCUUAUAUUAUAAGGAAAGAUCGUCUAUUGUUAUCAAUAAUAUCACUUUAAGAGGUAAAUUUUUAUGGAAUCAUUUAUAUAACUCUUAUGACUUUGAUUCAAAAUUGGUUAAAGUUUCUAAAUUUCGGGAUUCCAUCCAAAAUUCUCUAAUGAAUUAUUUUGAUUGUGGUAAGAAUCAUUUAGUUUCAAUAGUCAAGUUAUUUAAUGAGAAAUAUGCUACUAUAACAGCUCCAUCAUCUUCUUUCCCCUCUAUUUUCUCAUCCUUAUUUAUUUUUACUGAGAAUACCUCCUCAUUGACCGUUGCUAGCAAAGCUAUAAGAAGUGAUUUCGAUGAUAAAACUGAAACUUUUACUAUCACUUCUACAGUAUAUAAAACAAUGACAGGUACCUAUGAUCUAUCACCCUCAGAAGCUGGAACAGCUUGUAUUAUCGGUAAUUCGACAAUUAAUGAAAUAAAUAUCAAUGAUUUUUCUAAUAGUAUUGUAUUAAAUGAACAAGAUAUUAUACAAAAACAAUUCGAUGACUGGACUAAUUCAAUUGAAAAUAAAGUGCAAUCUAUUAUCACUGUUUUUGAUAAAUUAGUCAAUGAAACAAUUGUUGAUAUCACUAACCAGACAGAAACUUCCUUAAAACCUAAAUUCCAUUCUUUUAUGAAUGAGACAAAGACAUAUUUUAAAAACAUUACUAGUGCCACUAAUGAUAUUGACUGCAAAAUGGAGAUUGAUCCAGUAACAGGAAAAGCUAUAUAUUUUGAUAAGGAUGGGGUCACACAAUUGGAAAAAUAUAUUGAUAGACAAUAUGUCCGUGAUAUAUUUCAUGAUUUAAAUCAAAUGAAUAAUCAAUUUGUAGACAUGGUGCAUAAUGAAUUAAAGUUAUUAAUGGAUCAAGUCAAUGGAAAAGUGGAGCUUUUAAGAAAGGAUUAUAUUGAUAUCUAUGAAGAGUGGGCUAAUGUGAUGGUUAAUGAAUGGUCCAAGCGAUUAGUGUAUGCCGACAUUGUUAAUGCCAACACUAAUGAUGUUGACAAUGAUAUGAGCAAUAACGACAAUUGGAGAAACUUUUUAAGAGUCAAGGAACAAAUUAUUCAAUCCAGAGAUGAAUUACUUAAUCACAAAGUGAUAUUAGAUUAUGUAGAGACAUUUAUCAGGCGUGUAGAAUUUUCACUAAAGAUGUUACUGAAGGAAAACGGGGAAUAUACGUAUAUCUUACGUUCCAAAGCUAAUCUUGCAUUCCAAAAGCGUGAGAAAGAAGAAGCUGAACUGAAAAGACAACUGGAGGAAGAACUAUUAAAGCAAAAGGAAGAGGGAGAAUUAAAGUUACAGUUACAACAACAAAAGAGACAUAAUGAAAACAUCAGGCAAUUUCACGUAGAUAAACAGGCACAGCAACAGCAACACAACCAUGUUGAAGUGAAAGGAAAAAAAAAUCAUAAACAAGAAAUUAUUGAUAUUCAAGAGGAUGUUGAAGUUUUCGAAGAUUCACAAGGAGAAGUAACUGAACAAGAAUAA